GGGCGGGACUUGGCUUCCCAGCCAAUCGACGGAGAAGCCUGAGCCGCAGAGGCCCGUUGAACGCCGGCGGAGGAGGUGGCUUCUUCUGGCCGGGCGGUGGAGGGAGCUGUGUACGUUGAAGGGCGUCAGCUGCGGAAUUUGUGGCUCUAGCGAGAUUGAAAUCAUGGCAGGUCCAGAAGCCGACGCCCAGUACCAGUUCACUGGCAUCAAAAAAUAUUUCAACUCUUAUACUCUCACAGGUAGAAUGAAUUGUGUACUGGCCACAUAUGGAGGCAUUGCUCUGACGAUCUUGUAUUUCAAGUUAAGAUCUAAAAAAACAAAAACACCAGCUGUGAAAGCAACAUAAGUGGAUUUUACAGUAUCUGAUUUCAUCUGUGAAGUUCCCGCGCCUGGAAGAGCUGUCACUCAUCAUGUAAUACUCAGUUUGUACAAUAAAUUAUGAACCUGGAAAA